AUGACUGAAUGUUUGACAGCAGAAAGCAUUUAUAACUUGCUGAAGAUAAAUUGUACUGCCUCUUUGAAUGGAAAAUCUGAAGAUUUCCCAGCCUGUUCACUUGUUGGGAUUCCUGGUGUGAAAGAAUGGUAUUUUGCAAUUCAGUCAAUUUGUGGACUUUCUCGGUUCUGUAGCUCUGACUGGGAGAGUAUUGAUUUUGAUCUAGAGACCGAUCAAAGCAAAAACUCUAUUCAAAGAAAUAUUGAAGAAUGCAUUGGUGAUGACCAGUAUAUUGAGGAAGAAGAUAGUAACAGUCAGGAAUCCCUAUCUUCCAUUGAUCUUUAUGAAGAAUGUGCAGAGAGUAUACAUCACUUAGCAGAUAAACUUCCUGCUCCCGGGAAAGCAAUAGUUGAUGUCAUAUGGCACUCUUCAGAAAGAGAGGCCCCUCGAUUAAAAGAUUGCUUGCCAGUCAUUGGUGCCUUGAAACACUUGAGAGAAUGGCAUGGAGCAAAAAUCACUAUUGUAGCAAAUGACAGCAAAAGUUGGCAAAAAGUUGUAGAUUAUCUUUCUGCUGACAUUGUGGCUCCUGAAAACCUACAAAAUAGCAUUGAUUCAAGAGAAUUGUGGAGAGGAAAAGUUCAGAUAUGGGAGCGAAAGUUUGCAUCUGAAAUUACUUUUCCAGACUUCUGCAUAAAAGGCAUUGCAUCUAGAAAGCCAUUCAGCACUUUGUGCUUUAAUACUUCCUCCAUUGCCGAUGAAACUGAACAGACCAAGAAUGUUACCAGUUUGUCAGAGGUUUUCCAUUAUUAUGGUCCUGCAUUAAAAUUUGUUCAGCUGGUGUUGCUGACUCAUCUGCCCACAUCUUUUGUUUCAAAUCUUCACUUUGAGCUGAGCUUGGCAAAAACGAAUGUUGAGGAAAAAUCUAGGUUAUUUUGGAAUCAGAUUUCAUCUUUGCCUGGAAAGGUAGGUGCUUUAUUUAUAUUGCCCUGCAGUGUCAGUGGCAUGUUGAUUCCUAUGCCAAGCCAAUUAGGUACGAAGAAAUGGAAAGAAUAUAUAACUCGGAAGCCAAAAGUCAUCAAUGUUCCAGAAGUAGAUCUGAAAGGAGAAAUGUGCAACUAUUAUUUCUUGGUACAAGGCAAUGGCUGUGGAGGGUGUAAGGCAACACUGAUCUAUUCAGCCAGUCAGAUCAAUGGCUCAGCUAUUCUUGCAGAAGUAAUUGGAAAACUGACCACAAACACAGAAGAAACAGAAGUAGGUUUGUUUGAAGAAUUCAUCAGAUCUCUCCCACAUUUCUGUGUGGAACAGAUUUUACAAAGAGAGGAAAAACUGGCUUGUGUCCAAUCAUUGGCUUUGAACCACUGCCUGAAAGGGCAGGGAUCUGUGAGACAACAGUGGAUGGCUUCAGCUGAUCACCUGAAAAUCCUGAUGGUGUGCACGAGAGAACGUUUCUUGGAAAUGUGGCAUACCAGUAAUUCGAAUAGCAGUUGUCCAGUAGCAGCUGUCAAAAUGAAAGACCAGGGGCCUGUUUGUGACUUGGAUCUAAAAGGCUGGAAUCCUAUGCAGUGGCCAGAAAGAACUGUCCUUCAGAACAUAGAAAAUCUGGAAAAAAUUAAGCAAAAAACAAGAGUUUCUGAACAGCUGCUUGGCCGUAAAGAUAGCCAAAAGGGAUCAAUGACAUUGCUUGAUGCUAAGGAACUGUUGAAGUAUUUCACCCCAGAAGGGUUUCCCAUUGGUGAUCUACAACCUUUGUACAUUCAAAAGAGUGAAAGCCCUUUCCUUCUGACACCAGAGUUGUCACCUCGCAAACUGAGAACGUUGCCUUUUGAAAAAGCUACUGAUUGCCAUUACCAUGGCCUUGAAUACUGUCUAGACAACAGAAGAGCUUUGGAAAGGGAUGUGGGAUUUGCUGAACUUCAGACUCGUCUUAUCCGAUAUGAAACUCAGACUACCUGCACAAAAGAGUGCUGCCCUAUGCCAUCUGUUUUGAGUCCUCUGCCAUCUCCUGCAGUUUUGUCGGAGCCUGGCAGCAUCCCUGAUGGGGAGUCUUUACAAAGGGAGCUCCAAACAGAGGCUUCCAGACCAAAACGCAGAUCAAAAGACCCAGAUGGCCUUUAUCCCAACAAGAGAUUAGUCAAAUCUGAAAGCACAGAGUCUCUCUUGUCCCAGGGGAGCAUAAGUAAUGGGAGUCGCCAUUCAGGAGUUGUCACAAGACAACGCCUGGAGACAUCUGUCCCUCUGCCAUCUCUAGCUGUCAAACAGUCUCAGCAUCAGGUGCACCAAGUAACCCCCAAGAACAAGUCAGCAAACCAGAGGUGUGGUAAAGAGCCAGAAACAUCAAAACCCAUGAAGGAAUCAAGGUCUCAGAAGCAUAUACGGAUGCUGAAGGAGGUGGUGACAAAAACCCUUGGGAAGCAUGGCAUUGGUGAAGAUCACAAGUGCUUUGUAACUUGCAGCCAGCGUCUGUUUGAAAUAUCCAAGUGUUAUUUAAAGGAUCUGAAAACAUCUAGAGGUCUGUUUGAUGAAAUGAAGAAAGCUGCUAACAGCAAUGUUAAACAGGUGAUUGAAUGGGUUUUAGAGAAGACCAAGGAUGAAUGACAUUGUCCAGAGCCCUUGAUGUUCUGUGAAGAGAAUCUUAUGAGUGAGCACAGUGCAUUAAAUGGAUGGCUUGGAGAGCCUUGGUAAUAUAAUUCAGGUGGUGAAAAACCUAGUAUCUGCAGCAUAUCUGUGAUAUUAAAAAUUACUUUGAAGUGAGCCACUCUUUGUAAAUAACAUGUAUUUAUUAUGCCACACUGCAUAACAGCAUACAAUAAAUCUGCUUUGCUUUUUA